AGUCGGACAGCGUGACUAGUCUGUCGCUUUCGCCGUCUAUCUUGCAAUGAAAAUUCACCACCACUUCAAUUUGCUAUCGAUUACCUGAGAGAUGAGUGUAUAAAAUGAAAGUAUAGUCUCAUAGCCAAUACACCGCGCACGCGUUACUCUGUAACUAUUACCCCGCGUACGUUUCGAGAAAUCUGCGCGAGUCAGUCGUGUCUCUGCGCUCGAGAAGUGAACAUGACGAAGCUUCCACAGAACCCGCCGAUAAUUUUUAACUAUGUAAAGAAUAAGGAAUAUAGCAUCCAGCCGAUUCGUUGGCUGCUAAAGCCGAUAAGUGUUUGGCCGAUGACGGACUCGUCGAUCGCGGAGAGGAUCUCGUCAGUAGCGUUGCUGAUAGCAUGCAUUUUUUUAAUCGUCAGUACUUUGGUGCCUUGCGCGUUGGCCAUAAUCUUAGACGAGAACAAAGAUAUGGAAAUAAAGAUACGUGAUUUUGGACCGCUCAGCAACUGGGUGCUGGCGAGUCUCAAGUAUAUCUCGUUGCUGGCGCACGUUGACGACAUAUAUCAAUGUAUCAAGCACAUCGAGAUGGAUUGGCGGGCUGUGACAAAAUUCGAGGAGCAGGAGAUAAUGCUGAAGAAUGCCAGGAUCGGUCGUUUCGUCGCGAUAUUCUCCGCGACAUUCGUGCACAGCGGCGUAUUUUCGUACAGUAUUUUUCGAGGAAUGACGUUAAGCGAAGCCGCCGUCGGGGGCGAUAACGUGUCGGUGCGUCCGCUACCUUUCGCGUUCUACGAUAAGCUCCUAGACACCACGACGAGCCCGAUGUACGAAAUAGUGUUCAUAAUACAGUGUCUAUCCACGUUUGUUGUAAAUUCCAUAGCAGUAGGCGCAUGCUGUCUCACCGCCGUGUUCGUUAUGCAUGCCUGCGGUCAGUUAAAAAUCCUUAUGUCCUUGCUGGAUAAUCUGAUCGACGAAAGAAACGAAAAGAAAGACUCCUCGCAGCAGAAGUUCGCCAUCAUCGUCGAACAUCAUUUAAAAAUACUCAGUUUCGUGUCUUACGUAGAGAAAAUUAUGAAUAUAGUUUGUCUCGUGGAAGUAGCAGGUUGCACGAUGCACAUGUGUCUCUUGGGCUAUUAUUGCAUACUGGAUUGGAACCAAGACGAAAAAGAAAGUAUGGUGGCAUACGCUAUAAUAUUGAUCUCAGUUACUUUCAACAUCUUUAUAUUUUGUUACUUUGGGGAGAUUCUUUCAGAACAGAGCGGCCAAGUUGGUGAAACUGCCUACAUGACAAAUUGGUAUCUGUUACCCGGAAAUACCGCUCUCGGUCUCAUUCUAAUCAUUUUAAAAUCCAGCAUCGUAGUUAAAAUCUCUGCUGGAAAGAUGAUUGAGCUUUCCCUUUCUACCUUCGGUAAUGUAAUUAAAUCCGCGUUAGCAUAUUUAAACAUACUUCGUACCCUCAUUAUAUAAAUAACAUUAAUGUUAUAU